UGACUUCAGGUCCCCGGCGGCCGCCGUAGCCGGAACUGUUUAGAGCGCGGUGCCCGGGUGUGGGAGGGCGAGCGGCGGCAGCACCGGCGCCCUCAGCCCUGUCAGCCGCACACCGGUUCAUUGAGAGGACGUGCGAAGGAAACGGUGCUCGGCGACCGCAUCUGACAUACGACCACCAGCCCGGCGUCGCGGCCUCGCCGCAGCCGGAGCUGCCCGGCCGGGUUGGUUCUGCGGGCGCCCGCGGAGGCCCGGGAUCCGGGAUCCAGGCUGCCGGGAGGCGUGGAUGAAAAAGGUGACCGCAGGCUGCACUCGGGUGCCUACGGGAUCCGCGGAGGGGCCGCGGUAUUGGCGGGCUGCGCUGCGUGCAGCCAGCGGUCAACUUCUCGGGAAGGAUGACAGUGAAGUUGGGCGACGCCGGCAGCGGGGAGGAAGGGCUCAAGAAGCUGGGCAAGCGGACAGCCGAUGAGGAGUCGCUGGACGGAGAGGGGCCCGGCGGCGCGGACGCGGCAGAGGACAGCAGCAGCACAAAGAGGGACGGGCAGACCCCUCGGCCCUCCGGAGCCCCCGCGCCACCCAGAGGGCUACCAACACCGUCCCCACCGCAGGGCAGUCCCCAAGACCAGCACCACUUCCUCAGGUCCAGCGUGCGUCCACAGAGCAAGAGGCCCAGGAAGGACGCGCCCUGCGCUGUGGGCACUGGUGGUGCCAGCGGUUCCGGGCCGCGCGGAAAAGGUGACGGCAGUGCAACAUCUUCUGGAAACAUAUCUGUAGUUGCUCCUGCCACCCCUGCAGGAGGUUCGCGCUCCUCUUCCCGGAACUUAGGAUCUUCAGGACCUGAGAAGGAAGAAGGAAAGAAAGUCCGGAGGCAGUGGGAAUCGUGGAGCACAGAGGACAAGAACACAUUCUUUGAGGGACUAUAUGAGCAUGGAAAAGACUUUGAAGCCAUUCAGAACAACAUUGCUCUGAAAUACAAGAAGAAGGGCAAACCUGCAAGCAUGGUGAAGAACAAGGAGCAAGUCCGGCAUUUCUACUACCGCACCUGGCACAAGAUCACCAAAUAUAUUGAUUUUGACAAUGUGUUCUCUCGAGGGCUAAAGAAAUCAUCCCAGGAACUGUAUGGUCUCAUCUGCUAUGGAGAGCUACGAAAGAAGAUCGGGGGUUGCAUGGAUGACAAGAAUGCAACAAAGUUAAACGAGCUUAUUCAGGUUGGGGCCACCACAGUACGUUAUAAAGGGAGAAAUCUGCGGAUCAAGGCACCCAUGUGUCGAGCCCUAAAGAAACUCUGCGAUCCAGAUGGUCUAAGUGAUGAAGAAGACCAGAAGCCAGUACGCCUACCCCUGAAAGUCCCUGUAGAACUACAACCACGGAACAAUCACGCCUGGGCACGAGUACAGAGCCUGGCCCAGAACCCACGUCUCAGGAUGAUUGUGGAGCUACAUCGAAAAGUCUCUAGUCUCAUUGAGUUCUUGAAGCAGAAGUGGGCACUCCAUGAAGUACGAAUUCGGAAGACACUUGAGGAGAGGCAGCUACAGGGCUCAAGCACAGCGCAGACCCAGGAGAAGGUGGCAUUGCACCUGUUCCCAGGCGAGAACUGUACACUGACGCCACUGCCGGGUGUGGCCCGUGUGGUACACUCCAAGGCCUUCUGCACUGUACACUGGCAAGAGGGUGGCCGGUGCAAGCAGGGCACCAAGGACACACACACACUGCCUCCAGCCCAGAUCCUGGGCAUCCAGAGUGGUCAGGGAAUAGCCCGAGGCCAGGUGAAGUGCCAGAGGGGCAGUGCUGAAGGCAAGGGUGGGGGGCGGCUCCUUCCUAAUGCAGAUACUUCACAGAGUUCAGGGGAGAGUUCCCCUGAGAGUGCUCUUGGAGAGGGGGCAGCUCCAAGUCUGAGCAGCUCAGAUGCCCCUGACAGGCCUCCUCAUGGGCACCAGGACUCUGGCCCACAGCUUGGGAAGACUCAUCUAGCAGCCCUUGCAGUAGGUGGGGACAGCCCCAUUCAAGAAUCUGGGGCCCUGCCAUGUUCCUGCGGCCAUCCCCCAGAUUUGGAAGAUGAACUCUCACUCCUUGACCCUUUUCCCCGAUACCUGAAGUCUUGCCAGGAUCUCAUCAUCCCAGAGCAGUGCCGCUGUACAGACACACAGUCUGGGAGAGAGCACCCUCUUGGCAGGGUAGCUUCCCCAGAGGCCCUCAUGCCCAGCAGCAGAGAGGUUGCUGACAACGGUCCCCCUGGCCUGGACCCUCAAACUGGCGUCGAUCCUCAACUUGACCCCAGGCUUCUGCCAGAUAUUUGUACUAAAGAGCUGGCAGAUGUACCUCCUGAAGAGGCCCAGGAGAAAGGGAGCCCCUCAGAACCUCUGUUGUCUCAGGGACAGCCUGCGGCCAGGCCUUCAAAGGAAGUCCCUGCCAGCCAGCUGGCCCAGCAGCUGCGUGAAGAGGGCUGGAGCUUGCAGACCUCUGAGAGCCUCACGCUGGCUGAAGUCUACCUCAUGAUGGGAAAGCCCAGUAAGCUACAGCUGGAGUAUGACUGGCUGGCUGUGCUAGGCCCUGAGAACCAAGCACCCACAGCACAGAGCCAGACUGUCCUGCCCCAUUCUCCACCCUCAGCCCUCCACCAGCAACGCCUCCUGAGCUGCCUCCUGAGGCUUAUCUCCACUGAAGUCCACCCCAAGAUGGCUUUUGAAGCAAACGCAGCAUCAACAGCCUCAGUCAGGCCCACCCAGGAGGAACAGUCUACAACCCCCCCAGGGAAGGUAGUGACCAUCAGCUCUCGGAGUCCCCGCUGCUCUCGAAAUCCAUCUGCCCUCCGAAGCAGCAAGACUUUCCCAUCUGGUUCUGCACCUUGUUCCCCAGGUUUGAGAAAUCCCCCAAGGCCUCUUUUGGUGGCUGGUUCCUCCAGCACAGGAAGUGGUGACUCAGAUGGUGGCCUCUUUGCUGUCCCAACGACUUUGCCACCCAAUAGUCGACAUGGAAAGCUCUUCUCUCCCAGUAAGGAGGCAGACAUGACUUUUAGGCAGCACCUGGACUCCAUCAGUAUACAGUCAGACUUUUUCUCACCAAAGCCCAAGAAACUACGGAAACGGCACUUACGAAAGCCACUGGUGGUCCAGAGGACACUACUCCCUAGACCCUCUGAAAACCAGUCCCACAAUGUGUGCUCCUUCUCCAUCCUGUCUAAUUCUCCUAUAGCCGGGAGAGGCUGGUUCCGGCCCAUCCAGUCUUCUCUUACCAAAGCAGCUCUGUCUCGACCAAUAGUGCCCAAGGUCCUCCCAUCUCAGGCCACCAGUCACCUGCCCAGUGCCAUCGACUUAGCAGCUCAAAGUGCUGGCAUCAUCCCUGAAAGUCCUUUGCCAGUUUUAGAUACUGAUGGCUCAUCUGGCAUCUCUGCACUGUCUUCAGAACAAGUAACCACUGCCAUCUCGAGGCAUAGUGAUACUGGACCACACCAGAACAGAGACCCUGUUACUUCCGUAAGGGGCAAUAGUGACCCAUUUAUCAGCAUUCCAAGACCGGAGCAGGAGCCAAUGACAGAUGGUUUCCAGGGAUCAUCUGUUCUGUGCUUACCUGAGCUACCCAAGGCUCAUCUCCAGAAUGGCCUUUCCACACCUUUACCCUCAUCAGAGAGCUCCAGCACCAGACUCUCCCCACCCAAUGUUUCUGCACUGCUGGACAUAUCCCUACCUGGCCCACCUGAAGAUGUUCUCUCACAGGGAGAACCUGCCACACAAAUCAGUGACUCCAUCAUUGAGAUUGCCAUCAGCUCUGGGCAGUACAGUGAAGGAGUCCCUCUUUCUCCAGCAAAACUGAAUGGUAGUGACAGUUCCAAGAGUCUUCCCUCCCCAUCCAGCAGCCCCCAGCCCAACUGGAUUGCCUCUCCCACUCAUGACCCACAAUGGUACCCUAGUGACUCCACAGAUUCUUCGCUCAGCAGCUUGUUUGCCAGCUUCAUAUCUCCAGAGAAGAGCAGGAAGAUGCUACCAACUACUGUUGGGGCCAACAGCGGCACAUCUUUGCUUGGCCCUAGCUUGUUGGAUGGAAAUUCAAGGGACUCUUUUGUGUCCAGGUCUCUUGCUGAUGUUGCAGAAGUGGUAGAUUCCCAGUUGGUAUGCAUGAUGAAUGAAAACAGCAUUGACUACAUAUCUCGAUUUAAUGACCUGGCCCAAGAAUUGUCCAUCAAUGAGCCUAACCGCCGAGAAGUUCUUUUUGAUGGUGGAGGAGGUGGUAAUCCUGUUGGUGACCUCUCUCAGUGACUGUGCCUUGUGACAUGGGCAUCCUGGAAUCCACAAGGGAAGUCUACAGGGCUGGCCCAUGAAACUGUCUUCACAGAGAGAAUCAAGCCCAGAACCCCAGGAGACGGUGAACCAGAGCACCUCUAACAGCAUACGAUAUGCAGUCCAUAGGAACAGCUUAUCAUGGCCUGUCCCAACAAUCAGGGCCAGUACCAUACACAGAGGCCAGGACAAGCUCUGAGAAGGGUAGACAUCAGAAAUCCUUUUGGCAUUAGAGCCCUUACUCAUAGUCCUGUAGCCUAUGUGGCAAUCGCAACUGUAUGUCUACCUGUUAAGCCUUCCAGAGGAUCUCCUCCUUGCAAGAGACAUGCCUGGUGUUCAUUUUGUCUUGGGAGCUGUUAGUUAGCCUGUGUGCAGGGAGGCCACAGUUAUUGCUGCUUUCUUCUGAUAUCCUUUCCCCUACCUGUUUGUUCUGUAUGUGGUAAUAUUGCAAGGGACACUGAGGGUGGACCAGGGUCUUGCUUGAUGGUAUCUGCAAGCUACCACUUCCUGGAUACCUUGACCAUGAAACAGAAAAGGGUCCCAGAGUCAUGUAGCUAGCAGAGGUUUGGUUCUUCCUAGCAUAAGAAGGGUGAAAGAAAGUAUAUCUUGCAGGUUGUAUGGAUGUUUUAUAGGAUCUUACAAAGCUGGUUGGAAAUGGUUUUCUUGUGGUUUAAGAAUUAGGAGACAUGGACAAGGAAUAGUAAGGUGGCUCUGCUCUCUUCCUUUGCUAAAUGCCCAGUUCUUUCUAGGUGACCUAAGAUACCACUCUUCUCUACCUUCCUCCCCCCUACCCCCAGUCCACUGCUUUACCUACAGCUUUUGUGCAUGCUCUAAUUUUUCAUGUGUUACUGCUGGUGUCUGAGGGUUGUCUUUGCCCCAGGCUGCCUCUUUUCCUGUUCUGGGACUCAAGCGGGGUUCAGAUGUCCGAGUGUGGUAAGAGCUCACUUGGCGGUAUUUUAGCAGCUCUCUUCUAGAGUCCAGUAGGUCAGCAGUCUUGAUUGUAGCUAACCUGUUUAGAAUGGUGCCAACAAGAGUUUCAUCCCCCUCUGUUGCCCUCAGCUCCUUGUAACACAGUCACUCCUGUAUGUCUGGGUGAACAGGUGACACUUGUAUUACCUUCUCAUUGCUCAUUCUCUACACAGCAGCCAGGGCUGACAGGUCCUGUACUUUUCUUUUCCUUUUUUUUUUUUUUUUUUUUUAAGGCAGGGUUUUUCUGUAUAGCCCUGACUGACUGUUCUGUAACUCAAUCUCUAGACCAGGCUGGCCUGGAACUCAUCUCUGCCUCCUACGUGCUAAGAUUAAAGGCAUACACCACCACAUCUGGCUUGACAGUCCUGAAACUGCCUCCUCUGCUCUCUACCUGUUCUCUCCUUAUUUGCAGAGUAGUCCUUAAGACCAGCUCAGGCUCUUACUUCUCUGUCUGCAAUGAAGAACGGGUCGGAAACCUCCCUAGUGGAACACUGAUCCUGUUGUCUCACCAUCUACUACAAACCCUAGAAUACAGGCUCCACUGCAGGAACUGAGAGGAUAGUGACUCUUGACAGCAAAUUACUUCACCUCCUAGGAUCCUCCUGUCACUGGUACUGGCAAAGGAUCGGCCCCAGAUCCUGAUAUGUAAGCCCCUAGGUCUGGUAAGUCUAAAACUCUUAGAGGAUGAAGAGAGCAUCAAGCAGUCUGUUAGGAAAGACUGGUGAAGUCACUAGUGUAUCUUUACCCAAUCGUGUGUUUCCAGCACUCCCUUUCUUAGCUGAAGGCAUUUAUUUAGGUCUUGGGACUGUAGCACAGUUAGGAUACCAGGCUCAACUUAGGCCAUUGCUAGCUGCCCUUGCACUGUUUUAAGCAGACUCUCCCACAUUAAGAAUAGGUGCUUGUACCAUCCUGGUAACUGACCAUAUAGUACUAGACAGUUCGGUUCCUGAGCUGAUUCUCAUCAGGCAAUAAAUGCCUUGAGGCACACAUUACUCUGUGUCCUCUAAAAGGAAUUGAGGUUGCUUUGAGGAGCAGAGCCUACAGCCAUUGUCACCUAGCAACAGGCAGGUGUGUAAUGGACUGACUCGUUACUAAGAGAAACUGGCAGGGUUCUAGAAGAUUCCACUGCUUUUUUAACAGGCAGACAGACACAGUUGCUCAUCAUCACCGUAUUAAUCAUUUGUAGCAGAGAAUCGGUGGUUAUAACUUCUCCCAACCUAACCAAAUAUCCUUACAUAAAACUGGAAACUGUAAAGAUUGGAGAUUUUUAAACAGCAAGGAAGCCUCCUGGGUUCUUUGUCUUUCUCUGCCUUUCCAUCAGUUUUGAUGGUUCAUGAUCACCUAGGGCUUCCAUUGUGCAUGGGAACUUAGUGUGAUAUACGUGAGAUCUGUUUUUGAGAUACACAUACACACGAGUUCUCUGUUCCCUGGCUGUCCUUGAACUCACAUAUUCGACAGCCUCUGCCUCCUUUAUUCUGGGAUUAAAGUCAUGCGCCACCACCCGGCUGAGAAAAUUUUUUGUUAAUACUAAUGUCUUAGACUUUUUGUUGAUUGUCUUUUCAAAAGUUUGAGAUUCAGUAUCUCUGGUGCUUGGCAUGGAUUGUGUCCUAUAGAAGAUGCUCAGGCAAGUUGAAGUUCAUAUAUCCUGUAAAGGCAUAGUAUACUUGCUCAGGGAGUAUGACUUUGGGGACAUUUCAUCUGUUGGUCAACCUUUUUUCCCACCCUGUUCUUUUUUCAUUCCUUGUGGCCUCACUGCUAGGGAAAGCCUCAUUCAAUUUAAUAGCAUUUUUAACCAGACCACAUUACUAGAAAUGGUCAAAACACAUUUAGAGGGAAAUUGUUUCAUGUACUUUUUAAACAGAUCUGCCAGAUGCAUUCAUGAGGAAAUGCCAUACUUUGUCUUAAUUUAAAAAAAAAGGAAAAAUCAAUUUUAAAGAAAUAAAAAGAGGAAAGAAACCCACAUUAUACCGUUCCAAGAGGAUAGCCUGAUGAGGUCAGUCCAGUUUUGGAAGCACUGCACCAGUCCAAGCCUUACUAGCUAGUAAGAUACCCUGGCUGGCGGGAAGGGUGCAGCCAGCAGGCAGAACUCAGUGCUGUUUGCUUUGAUAAUCGUUAAGCCAUAUCAUCUGAGGUUUCUGGCUUGAGAUGUGAAUUUGUUUUAUAGACUAUAAAUAUACAGUAUAUGUAUAAAGCAGAAUGCCUGUCCUUCUGAUUAUUUUUUGUACCAUAUUGUAAAUUACAUUAUUUAUUCUUUACCAAUUUUUUGGGAAUAAAAGGUGUUUUGGUUAUUUAAUAUAAUAAACAAAAACUGUUAAACUUCAGCUAAAAUUUCCAGUUCAGCUUGUAAAUGUUUUUAUUGUGCAUAAAUACAUACUAAUACUUGA